AUGGCGCCUCCAUAUGACUCCAAAUUGUCGAGAAAGAGAAAGGGAAAUUAUGAAAAGCCAUCGUCUUCGUUAGCCUCCUCCUCCUCCUCCUCCUCCUCCUCCUCUUCAACGCAUGCUUCACCUUCCUCAAACGCGAUUCAGUUAUUGUUAACUGACGAGUCAGGUCAACAAAAAUCAACAAAGACAUCUGUUGACGAGCUAAAAGUUCGAAAUUAUUUGAGCAAGAUGGAGCCGAGACUAUAUAUUUCCAAGGACCUGAAAACGGUUCAGUUGACUACAAUUUUGAGCAAUUCAGAAGCAAGUGCGCUAGACCCACAAUUCACGAAAAAGCUAAUAGAGAACUUUCAUAUCGACCAUGUAAAUAUAUCUGACCCUAUUCCUGGUUGUAUUGACUCAUUGGUUACAUUUUAUGGAACUUUUAUCAGCAUAGCUAAAGCAGUGACAUACGUGGUGUAUGAGCUAAAUGCUAAAAUAAACAACCUACAAGAUGAAGUGUUCACUUUAAAAUCGACAAACUAUAAAGCCCAUUUCCUCCUUCAUAGUGCCGCAAAAGUCCAUGGGUUAAGGUAUUUUGAUAUGGCUCCUAACCACUCCUUUGAAUUCAACAACAAAGUUUUUGAUGUAUUUGUACAGGGUGAUUUUCAUGCAAUAUUCAACUUUGCUCUACAAAGUCUAGAGUGUGGAUGGAAUGUCGAUAGCAGCAAAAUAAAACUCGAACCAUUAUUUGGUAUACAUCUCGACCCCGCGUUGAAAUCACGAGAUCCAGAAAAUGUUAUGUUGAAAAGAAAAUCAAACGACAGAUUGUUGAAAUAUUUAUAUUCUACUCUGAAAUUUCAAAACCUAAUAAACUUGUGA